AUGCAUAAAAUUUUUUUUAUAUUGAAGCCAUAUACUGGAGAUACUAUCGACACCCUUGGGUAUAUUGAUGUAGACGUACGUUUUGGCCAACAUUCGGCUAAACUUAAACUAUAUGUUGUUGAAAACGGAGGCCCACCAUUGAUGGGUCGUACGUGGAUCAAAGAAUUAAAGUUAUCAAUUGUAGAAUGUCACAAGAUAACCGAACGUGACUCGAUAGCUAGUAGGUUAAAACGAGAAUAUCCAGAAGUGUUUGCGGAGAGACUAGGUACUUUUAAAUCAUGCAUUCGCUUACAUUUGAAUGAUAAGAAACCGGUUUUUGUUAAGGCGCGUCCUCUGCCGCUGGCGCUGCGCGAGCGCGUGGCGGCUGAACUCAAGCGCUUGCAGCGCGAAGGAGUUAUCUAUAAGGUGAACCGUUCGGACUACGGCACUCCUAUUGUGCCCGCCAUUAAAUCUAAUGGGGAUAUUCGCAUAUGUGGUGACUAUAAAAUCACUCUAAAUCCGAUACUUAAAGAUUUUCACUAUCCAUUGCCACGGAUAGAAGAAAUAUUUUCAAUUUUAGCAGGCGGCGAGCAGUAUACGAAACUUGACUUAUCUAACGCAUUUCAGCAGUGUCUCCUUCAUGAGAAGUCGCAGGCGAUGACGGCCAUAACAACGCAUGUGAGGACAUUUGUAUACCGUCGAGUACCGUUCGGUAUCAAGUGUAUACCGGAAAACUUCCAGAAAAUUAUGGAGGAGACACUCCACGGGCUGCCGUCUACUGCCGUAUUCGCUGAUGAUAUUUGCGUUACGGGUAAAGAUAGUAAUACUCAUCUUAAAAAUUUAAGAGCUGUUCUACAGAGAUUAAAAGAUAACGGUCUUCGUAUUAAUUUUGAUGAAUGCCAAUUUUUUAAAGACAGUGUUACAUACUUAGGAUAUAAAAUUAAUAAAGACGGUUUGCAUACAGAUACUAAGAAAAUACAAGCAAUCGUCGACGCGCCACAGCCCACUGACAUAACACAGUUGAGGAGUUUUAUAGAACUUGUCAAUUUCUAUGCUAAGUUCCUGCCGCUCAUCCUGGCGGUGGACAGCAGCGCCUACGGGCUGGGUGCGGUUCUGACGCAGCGCAGCGUGGACGGUCGCCAGCGUCCACGCUGCGCUUCUCGCACGCUCAACGCAGCUGAACGCAACUACUCCCAGCUCGACAAGGAGGCCUUGGCUAUAGUUUUCGGUGUAACUAAGCAUCACCACCGCGAGCAGACUACAGCGCUAUGCCAUGACAUUGCCGCUUACGACUUCACGGUCGAGUUCGUGAGGUCCGCGGAGAACUGUCAGGCCGAUGCGCUGUCCAGAUUACCAUUGCCACGCUCGUCUGUUGGACGCGGCACAAAGCAAUAUGAGGCAGCCACGUACUUAAAUUUUGUGCAAGAUGGUUUUCCGCUCAAUUUUAAAAAUAUAAAAACUGAAACGGCAAAAGAUCCCAUUUUAAGCAAGAUAUAUGGUUAUGUCUUGUACGGCUGGCCGCCAGCUGUGGAUAAGGAGUUCAAUGCGUGUUUUAGACGUAAAGAAAAUAUCUGUAUCGAUCAAGGCUGCCUGUUGUGGGGAUACAAAAUAAUAAUACCGGGGACGUUGCAAAACGCUAUUCUAAAGGAGAUUCACGAUGGACAUCCGGGUAUUGUUAAAAUGAAGCAAAUAGCUCGUAACUACGUUUGGUGGGCAACUAUAGACGCGGAUAUCGAGUGGGCGGUGCGCGAUUGCGGCGCGUGUCUCGCGGUGCGGCCCGCGCCGCCACCGGCUCCGCUCCACUCGUGGCCGUGGCCGGUCGAGCCGUGGUCCCGUCUCCAUCUCGACUAUUUAGGGCCUUUCAAUAAUAAAUAUUACCUUGUUAUUAUUGAUGCUCACUCUAAAUGGAUCGAAGCUGGAAAGAUAAUGUGCGAUAAAAAUCGUAAGUCACGCUUGUCCCUCACGAAAAUUGAGGCCUGCGAUAGGUCUAGACUGAGUGUAGAAGCAGAAGAUGGUAGUGAGGCUAGAGAGCCGAGGGGGAAGGAUGAGCUGGAUGAGUUGGCCAAUCGUUCUUCUCCAGAAAAGAGCUCGAGCUCUCGUACGGACGAUACGUCUCCGCUUGUGCCAGGAGGUCGUAUCCAGCGGAAUGCCGCUGUACAGUGCUUACAAAAAAUUAGAAAAAUCGUGUGA